AUGACCCAAAUUUCAAUCCCUCCCACCAUUGACUACACCAUCACUCCUGUCUACAAUCAUGUCGGAGAGGUGAUCUCGAUCAAGGUCAGAGUCGAGUUGCUGGUGUCGCCUCUCUCUGCUGGCCAGGUACUUCUGGCCGUGCCUUUACAAAUCGCAUCGGUUGACGUUGGCUGUUUCGUCAACGACAGCAUUGUGGCUUUCGAUGCCCAAGGUCUGCUAAGUCUUUCCCGGGAUGCAGAGAAGUUGGGACCUCCAAUCGCAUGGCAGAAGUGGAGGGUUUUGCGAGACACGCAGGGCCCAAUCUCCGCCGAGUACGAGGCCCUUCCCCGCAGGAUAAGCACGACGACCAGGAAUGCACCACCAUUCGAUUUACGCCUGAAUUUCGGUGGAGCUAUCAGCUCCGGGUAUGGCUUUCUAGCAGCCCCACUAGUGGAGGGCUUUGACCAAAAAUUCGACGUCUUUGUGCAGUGGGAUCUCUCGAAAGCCCCUAGCGGAACACGGGCUAUCUGGACAUUCGGGGAGGGCCCUGACCGCGUAUAUCGACGUAUGCCGUGCUCUGAGAUCCAGGCAACGUAUUUCGCUGUGGGAAAGAUUGUGUCGCACGGGAGCGCACAGUUCGGAUUGUACUGGCUCGGGAAUCCGCCUUUUGAUGCACGCCUCCUUUCAGAUGACUUGUGCCCAAUCUUUAUGCACAUGGCGAAGUUUUUUGGCGAUAAGGAGGAUGACCCUUACCGUGUCUUUAUCCGUUACAACAUAUAUCGUGGCUCCGGCGCAGGAACCGCACUUGUCCGAUCAUUCACUUUCAACUACGACGAUUGGGACUACAAGGACCCCCCAAGCGCCGAGCAACAGGCUCUAUUCCUGUGCCACGAGAUGACCCAUAAUUGGGUCAAGCUUGGCGACCCAGAGACCGACAACUGGUACGCUGAGGGCCUGGCUGAGUACUAUUCCCUCCUCAUGCCGACUCGAACGAAACUUCUGACCCUUGAGCAAUUCCGGGUAGCUCUCAAUUACCGGCUGUUCGCGUACUACACGAAUCCGCUGGUUCAUCACUCUAACGAUGAAGUCGCUAAACUGACCUGGAAAGUCACAGAUGCCCAGCAAAUUCCAUACGGAAGAGGACUUCUUCUUGCUUUUGCCGUAGACGACUUGAUCUCGUCUGUCUCCCAUGGGAGGCAGUCAUUGGAUGACCUGGUCUUGAGUAUACUCCGUAGGCAACGAAACGGUGAACCCUCGAACCAACAGACGUACAUUGAGGAAUUGGGAUAUCUCCUUGGUGACGACGCGUCAUCUUACAUAAAAGCCCGUGCUAUGGUCGCUCACAUGUGUGCUGGGAAGCCCAUGGUCCCAACGGUUCAUGGCUUAGCCCGCUUUGGUCUGAAGGCUGAGCGUGGUGAGGGUGCUAUUUGGGAGCUGGGGUUUGAUGAAGCGGCAGCUAUGGAUGAGCUGAUAAUUAAGAAUCUUGACCCUUGCAGUGCAGCCGCGAGGGCGGGAGUCCAUGAAGGGGAUCGAAUUAUAAAGUACACGCCAUGGAGCAACAUCAAAGGGAAGCAAGACGCGAUGAUAGAGUUAUUUCUUUGUAGGCGGUCUGGGGAUGAGAUUGUUGUUUCUUUCACACCUCGCGGCAGUCGCAUGAUGGUAGUCUGGCAAUACGUUUCUGUCAACUAA